GAUAAAAAGUGGGACCUCUUAUCUAAAGAUGGCAUACGAAGAGGUAUUAUUUCCCAUCUGCUUUACUGGCAAAAAGAAGUACUUUGGGAUUGGGCAUGAAGAUAUAGUAAACUUUAAACCGAAAAAUCUUUUCAUGAAAGGGAUAGAUACUGUAAAGCAAGGUAAAUUCCAGCUUUUUAAAUUCAUUGGAGAAAGGAUUAUGAGGGAGGCUUUGGAUAUAAAUAAUACACGCUCAAUUCAUGAAAUUGUUGAAGAUAUUCUUAGGGAAGCUCGGAACAAGGAAUGGGAUUUCAAUGAAUUUAUUGUAAUGGGAACAUGGAAGCCUAAGAAACAAAAUCUUUAUAACAUUCGCUUUAUGGGUCGUAUGAGAGAGAAAAAUGAGAGGAUUCCUAAUCCUGGCGAACGGUUUAGCUACAUUGUUGUAAAAGGCUUACCUCUCUAUAAUAAAGAGGGUAAAAAGGAGCCACAUAGAAUCGGUGAUUUUAUGGAGUAUGCAGACAUCACAAAAGAGCAAAAUAUGGAAAUAGAUAUCAAUUAUUACUUAGGAGCGACAACGGCAAU